AUGGGGGACCAAGGGGCAGCACCGGUGAAGCACACAUUAACGGCAGCGGGCGCUGCCCAGGGUGGCUGGGUCCCAGUAUUACUGUGGCCACUGGCCAUCGAGGCGGUGACCACCCAGCCCACCCCAGGGGCCGUGUCCCUGGGCACGGGGGGGACAUCUGCUCCUGUCCCGGGGAGGCUGCGGGGCAGAGGGAAGCGAGACCUCGGGGGCUGCCUGCCCACCCCGGGCGCCUGUGGCCCCUGCCUGCCUGCCUUCCAGGAGGACGACCGUGGGCGAUGCGUCCAGAAGCAGCUCUCACCCAGCGGGCGGACAUCCAUUCCCAGCUUGGAGCAAGAAAUCGAUUUUCUGGCGGAUGUGCUGGCCAGGCAAGAGGCUCCUCGCCCCCACCCACUGUGGGACGGCAAGCCCAGGAGUAAGUGCCUGCUCCCCCACUCCCACCACUUCCUGCAGCGUGCCGGGGACACCACCCUCCCCACCUCCACCACCACUGCAGUCCAGAAGUACCCCGUGGAGGCAUCCCCCAUCCCUUCAAAUGAUGACGUGGUGCUCGGGCUGAUCGUGGUGUGCACGGUGGCCGGGAUCUCAGCGCUGAUCGUGGCUGCAGUCUGCUGGUGCAGGCUGCAGAAGGAGGUCAGGCUGGCGCAGAAAGCAGACUACUCGGCACAGCGAGCAGCCAGCCCCCCGCCUUAUGACAAGAUCUCGGUAAGGCGCCCACGUCCCUCCUUGCAGGAUGCUUGGCGCUGGGGCCAGGCACGUGCUCUGCUUGAGGGGCAUAAAGAGGAGCCCAAGCUGCCGGACUCGGCGUCCUCUGAUGAGGAGAAUGAGGAUGGAGACUUCACCGUGUAUGAGUGCCCUGGGCUGGCUCCGACUGGAGAAAUGGAAGUGAGGAACCCGCUGUUUGAUGACUCCUCCUUACACCCCUCAAACCCCAAGUCACACCAGUAACACCCCUCCUCUCCUCUGCCCGAGCUCGCUACGGACUGUAUGCCCACGCCGAAGCCCGGCGGGUCGGCUGCGCCGGAGGGGCACCCACAGCUGGGUGAAGGAGCGCGGACCCUGCUCUGCCAGACUGUUCGACGCCUGCCCAAUAAACACCACUAACAGCUAUGGGAGGGGGGGAUCUCCCCCGUUUCCAGCGUCCUUGUCCUCUUUGCUGCUGUGAUCGCGUCCCUGCCUUGCCCUUCGCUCACUGCUCUUGGGGACACACCAGCUCCGCAGGGGGGGGUGGCUGCUGCCUUGGCACAGGAACAGGGAGGGGGGCCACAGCGCUGUCUCUUUGCAUUUGGCUUUGAGGAGGGGGCUGCUGCCCUGUCUGCAGCUGGGCUGAUGCAACA